AUGCAGGUCUUCUUCGAUCUGGAGGAGAGUGGCGGUGGCCAGGGUGUCGAGAUCCUGAUCAAGGCGGGGCCAGUCUUCACGGAAGAGCAGGUGCAUGACCUGAGGGACACACUGAAGCUGGGGGAUGUCGUGAAGGCAUCCGGCCAGCUUGAGCAUGCAGGCAGCCACAUCCUGCACCUGACCAGCAUCGUCGUGCUGGAGCGCUGGCGGGACACGAAUCCCAAGCGCCACUUCAUCCCAAGAUGCCUGUCUCAUGGGAGCGAAACAGCCAGCCCUGGCAUGAGACCUGAAACUCAGCUAGCAGCAGCGGAGAGCACGCAGGCAGCAGAGGAGGCCUCUCAGACAGCACACCCCACACAUGAUCAAGGGGACGAUGGGAUUGCUCUGCAGCACAAUGACGAGGCGCAGCUGAUCGGGACGCAGCCGUCAAAGUUGCAGCUGUGCAAGUUUCACAUCAAUGGGCGCUGUGCCAAGGGCGCCAGCUGCCCCUUCCUGCAUGUGGACGUGCAUGCGGCGCCGAGGGUCCGGCAGGCAUGGAUCGCCGACAGGCGGCAGCACCGGCACAGGAUGGCGGCGCAGGCAGGGGACCCGCACGCGGGCGGAGCGCAGCGCAAGCGGCAGAGGGCGGCGAUCUUCGCGCAGUGGCUUCUGGACACCUACGGCCGCGAUGCGCUCAACCAGGGCUCAGGCACGCCUGCUUCCUGCGGCACCCGACCAUUGUGGCAUAGCCAUAAACGCACCUGCGUGCUGGACAUUGCCGGAGGGUCGGGCUCGUUGUCGUUCUGCCUGCAGACAGUGCACGGCGUGCGCUGCACCACGAUCGACCCGCGGCCGGCAAAGCUGUCGAAGGACGCGCACCGCCACCUGGCGCGCAUCCGGGCGGAAGCUGCCGCUGAAGCUGCCGGCAGCUUCCGGUCCCUCCUGGACGCUGACGCCGCCUGCGAGAGCCUGUGGGGCUGCCUGGAAGAGGAUGCCAGCAGCGCUGCAGAUGACCUGAGCAAACUACAUCUCAGCAAUGGAAUUCUAGAGCUGAGCAGCAGGUCUGAUCUGGCCCAGGAUUCCCUUGAGGGGACCCUGCCAGAUCACGUUGAGGCGGAGUUCAACGAGGAGCUCUGGGACGGGGGGCAUGCAGCCCGGCUGCAAGCAUCAUCGUUAGUCAUUGGUCUCCACCCUGAUCAGGCACGCUUCUCAUUUGCUACGGACAGCAUUGUGGAGUUUGCAGUGAAGCAUGACAAGGCGUUUGCUGUGGUGCCGUGCUGUGUGUUUCCGCGCCUCUUCAAGCACAGACGCUUGAAAGGCACUUCCCCUGUCACAUUGUAUGCAGAGCUGGUUGAGUACCUCAGGCAGUUGGGAGGAGAUGGUAGCCAGCUGGACCACUUGAAGUUUGAAGGCAUGAAUAAGGUUGUCUUCAGAAUGCAAGGCCCCUUCUUACUGUAA